AUGUCCAAGAAACUAUCCCCUUCGGCCUUUACAAAAGCCGUGAUGCGGUCAUUCAUGGCCGACUCCGGCUUGGAACCGAGAUUAUUAGGCCCUCGAUUCCGCAUAUUGACUGCCCAAGCCGGGCGGGUUGAUUUCGAGCUCGACAUCCACAAAGAUCACACGAACCGCCUCAAUACUAUCCAUGGUGGAACGUUGGCCAGUCUCGUUGACCUUGGCGGCUCACUGGCCGUUGCGUCAACGGGCCGUUUUGCAACUGGCGUUUCAACGGACUUGAAUGUGACAUAUCUCGCUCCUGGCGGAAAACCAGGCGACGUUCUCAAGGGGACUGCCAUUUGCGAAAAGAUUGGAAAGACACUGGCAUUCACAACGGUUACAUUCACCAAUCAUAAAGGCCAAUUAGCUGCUCGAGGCAGUCAUACCAAAUAUGUUGCUGGCACUGUGGGCGCAGAUGGUCCUUACGUUGCACCGCCCGAGUUUUCUGACGAUGUAGACUAG